GCAGAAAGCAGAGGCCAAAGAGGGUCAACAAGAGGUUGAGUGGGAAAGAUUAGUAGAAUCUAAGAUGGCGGAAUAUGAAGGGAUGACUGUGACUUCAGAUGUGAAAUCAGGAAACAUGGUUUUCGAGCCUAUUCUAGAGGAAGGGGUCUUCAGGUUUGACUGUUCUGCGGAUGAUAGAAAUGCGGCUUUUCCAAGUCUUUCUUUUGUUAACCCUAAAGAUAGAGAGACACCAAUUAUGACUACCGACAAAGCUCCAUCAUUCACUCCUACUUUUGAGUGUGUGCUUGGACAACAAAUUGUUAAUCUUCAGCUUCCUGCAGGUACCUCAUUCUAUGGAACAGGAGAAGUUAGUGGACAGCUUGAACGGACAGGGAAAAGAGUUUUUACCUGGAACACAGACUCAUGGGGUUAUGGUCCUGGAACUACAUCAUUGUACCAGUCGCAUCCUUGGGUACUAGCUGUUCUUCCAAAUGGAGAGACACUAGGGGUUCUUGCAGAUACAACAAAACGCUGUGAGAUUGAUUUGCGGCAAGAAUCAACUGUAAAGCUUGUAGCUCCAUCAUCAUAUCCUGUCGUUAUAUUCGGCCCAUUUCCUUCAGCAACUGAUGUUCUGAUCUCUUUGUCACAUGCAGUUGGAACUGUUUAUAUGCCCCCAAAGUGGUCCCUGGGUUAUCAUCAAUGUCGUUGGAGCUAUGACUCUGAUGCCCGAGUUCGUGAGAUUGCCAGGACAUUUCGGGAGAAGGGUAUACCUUGUGAUGUCUUAUGGAUGGAUAUUGACUACAUGAAUGGUUUUCGUUGUUUCACUUUUGACCAGGCAUGUUCUCCUCAAUAA